AUGCUGGCCACUCGCCUCAUCGUCGCGCUCCUAGCCACCAACGCCGUGGUUCUCGCGCUCUCAAAGCCCGGCCGUCGGGCGAGCAACGUCAUUCAAGUCACCGGCCCGAUUCCGAUUGACGUGCCGGAAGAUCUCAUCGAAGGUCUGGGCCCCGUCACCAAGCCCGUGUUUGCGCCUGAAGACAGCUCAGUGGGGGAUGGGCUCGAUCCUCCUGUCAUCAAGGAUGACCCGCCGAGUGCGCAAAACAAGAGGGCUGAUCACGCACAGGGUCAGCAUGGAGUCGCGUUCUACGGCAAGCGCAGAGCUGUGCUACUUCACGCCGCCCGAAGUGCUCAAUCUGAGAGAGCCAAUACGACGACGCCUGACAGGGGUGAAACGGCCCCCAAGCCAACGGCAAAGUCCAAGUCUAAGCCCCAAAGCAAUUCGACCACCGCCGACAAAACGGCUGCGCAUCCCUCGCUACAUCCCUCACCGUCCUCUGCCCCUGCUGAUUGCAUCUUCACCGACCUGCCCACCGUCCUCGCGCGCAAGAGAGCCUGUACGCACAUUGUCCUGCGCAAUAUCAAGGUGCCGGCUGGCGAAACGCUUGAUCUCAACAACCUCCAAGCGGGAACGCAGGUCAUCUUCGACGGCAACACGACAUUUGGCUACGCUGAGUGGCCAGGCCCGCUCAUUACCGUUUCCAGCUCCAACAGCAUUACAGUCACUGGAUCCCCGGGGGCAGUCAUCGACUACCAAGGUGCACGAUGGUGGGACGGCAAAGGAGGCAAAGGCGGCAAGACGAAGCCACGCGCGUUUCGAGUAGAAAGCCUGGACAAUAGCAGAAUCUCUGGCUUGACGCUGCGCAACACGCCCGUCUUUGCAUUCAGCAUAUCGGGCUCUGCGUACCUGACCUUCGAGGGCAUCACAAUUGACAAUAAAGAUGGAGCUGUGGGCGACCGAGGUCACAACCAAGACGGCUUCGACGUAGCGCAUUGCCAGGACAUUCUGGUGCGCAGCAACACCGUCUACUCGACAGACGACUGCAUCGCAGUCAACAGCGCGAGGAAGGUCCGAUUCCUUGACAACUUCUGCUACGGCACGCACGGCGCAUCGCUUGCCCCGCUGGGCCAUGGCAUCAUCGAGCAUGCGCUCGUCCAGAACAACUACAUCGAUGGCGGCCUGUACGCCCUUCGCAUCAAAGCAGCCAAGGACGAGUAUGCCUCGGUCCACUCGGUCACCUUCCGUGACAACCGCUUUACCAACAUCACCAAGACGGGCAUCGAGGUGGUGCAGAAUUACGACAAUGGCGGCUCCUACGAGAACCGCGAGGCCAGCUUCAACGCGCCCUUUUCGCAGGUCACGUACGAGAACAAUACAGGAACGGUUGCGAACCGGCGCAAGGCCAACCGCUUUACCUUGAAUUGCAGUCCAGGGGCUUGUGAUGGAUUCAUUUGGAAGGCGAGCAGCGUGACUGGGGGAGGAAAGCCGGACGUUUGCGUGCAUGCACCGCAGAGCAUGCCGUGCGGCGCCGGAACCCACAAUGCUUAA